AUGGAUACCCGUGAACAUAUCGAAAUCGUGGAUGAAGAACGCAUGGAUCAGACAGAUGUUGUUCGAGAAUAUAAAACGGACUCGGCAGCCUACAAUGAUGCCUACGACGUCGAUGACGAAUGGGAUGGCUUUUCGAGACAUUACUUGUUCUGCCACCGUCCUGAUAUGAGAGGAUCCUACGCAUUUGGUCGGUGGCCCCUCCAGAUGAGCCAGAGCCCGAGGGAGCUCGCCAAAAAUUGUUUCUUCUACACGGGAGAUCACAAUGCCGUCGCCUGUUACUGUUGUGGACUACGUGCCUACGGAUGGCAGAAGUCGGACGAUUCAAAGAUGAAACAUUACAGACUGUACCAGAAAUGUCCAUUUAUUCGAAGGGUGUCCAAACUGUUUCUAUAG